AUGGGAGCUCCGACUGCGGGAGCCACGCCUCCGAUGCGCUACAUGGCCAGUGGCACCGGCGCUACCAGUGCAUCCGCGGGUCCUAGCCAGGCCGCCCCCCGCACUGUGUUGAAUAUCGUCAGCGGUAAGCCCACGCUGCCCACGCAGCCUCAGAACGUGGCAACCAGCUCUGUGGGUCCUGCGCGGGGCUACGCGAAGGCUGCCAGCCCCAUGCUCACUGGAGAUGCUCCCAAGGUCGGACCUCCUGCGGUGGCCGUUGGUCGCGCCAUGGCCGAGGGCCGUGGCAGUGUGACCCGCGACGCCAACGGCAAGCUCCGCGCACCCAUCGGAAAGAAGUACCAGAUCGUCUUCGUCACAGGUGAGGUUGCGCCCUUCUCUAAGACUGGAGGACUCGGUGAGGCCAUGGACGGCCUGCCCAUCGCGCUGGCGGCACUCGGCCAUCGCUGCAUGGUGGUCUCGCCGCGUUACGACCAGUACAAGGAGGCCUGGGACACUGGCUACUGGUCGUCCGUGCCCAUGGGCGGCAAGCAGGAGUCUGUGCACUUUUUCCACACCUUCAAGCAGAAGGUUGACUAUGUCUUCGUGGACCAUCCAACCUUCUUGGAGCGCGUUGAUGGCCUGACAGGUUCCAAGCUCUACGGACCGGAGUGGGGCAAGGACUUUGCCGACAACCAGGCCCGCUUUGCCUACUUCGGCAAGGCGGCGCUGAAGGCCAUCCAGGAGCUGCCUCUGGGCGGAGGUGUGUAUGGUGGCGACGUCAUGGUUGUGUGCAACGACUGGCACAGCGCCCUAGUGCCCAUGUUCAUCCACGCGGAGAAGUCCGCGAACCCAGGCAAAUGGUACAACACGAAGACCGCCUUCCUUUGCCACAACGCCGUCUUCCAGGGCCGCUUCCCUUGCGAGGAAGGCCUUGCACAGAUCUUCGGCGUCCCUCAGCGCUACAUUGACGGCAUUACCUUCAAGCAGCCCCUGCGCAUCGGCAAGUACAACGAGAAGGUCUCGUGCAUCAACACCAUGGCUGCUGGUCUUCGCUACUCGGAUCGCGCCUUGACCGUGUCCCCGACCUAUGCCCAAGAGGUUACCACCGACCCGGAGAAGGGCGUGGAGCUGGAGCAGCUCUUCAAGAUGGCGAAGUGCACAGGAAUUCUGAACGGCGUCAAGGAGGGUGUCUCACCAAGUGAGAUGAACUUCGUCACCAAGACGAUGAUGAGCUGUGGACCGUUCACUGCCGCCACUGCGGACGCAGCCAAGACGGAGUUGAAGAACCUCUACCGUCAGCAGAACAACCUCGUCGCGUCCAAGGGCCCCCUGAUGUGCUUCAUCGGAAGGUUGGAUGCGCAGAAGGGCUACGAUCUCCUGCUCGAGUCGCUGAUGGAGGUGUUGGAGGACACGGAGCUCCAGAUUGUCAUUGUCGGUGCUGGCCGAGCUGAUCUCGUGGCUCAGACCAAGGCCCUUGAGAAGCAGUUCCCUGACAAGCUCUUCUACGCAGGCUGGAUGGGCCCGGAGCGCUAUGCCCUGCUCGCGGGCUGCGACUUCACCCUGCUGCCGUCCAGGUGGGAGCCUUGUGGACUUGUGCAGAUGGAGGCCAUGCGCCUGGGAACGCUGCCCAUUGUUGCCCCCACUGGUGGCCUGAAGGACACCGUGGAGGAUGGCCUCAACGGUCUCUGGACCGACAGCGAGAUGACCGUGGAGGCGGUCGUGGACGAGGAGUCCGUGGCCUCGAUCGGCAAGGCCCUUCGCCGGGCCGCGAAGCUCUUCCAGUCGGAACCUAGCAAGGUCGUUGAGAUGAAGAAGGCCGCGAUGGCUGCGGCCGCGGAGUUCACCUGGAGCAACGCAGCGCUGCAGUACGAGGCCAUCUUCCAAGAACUGAACGUCAAGGACGUGCUGCCUCAGUGCGGCGGCCAGACAACAGUCACGCUGGAGACAGACAAGCAGGUCUGUUAA